CCUUCUAGAAUCCCCCAUCCUCUCUCUCUCUCUCUCUCUCUCUCUCACAGAUCGAAGGAGAUGGGAGUGCUGUCGAACAAGAUCGAGAGGGAGAAUUUGAAACCGGGGGAUCACAUCUACUCUUGGAGGCACGCCUAUAUCUACGCCCACCAUGGGAUAUAUGUCGGCGAGGGAAAUGUUAUCCACUUUACUCGUGGUCCAGACGGCCAGGAUAUUGGAAUAGGAUUUGUGCUAGACCGCAUCAUUGUGAGCUCAGCACCUGGCUAUAAAUCCUAUUCUUCCAUGGACAUUCCUUGCUCAAGCUGUGGAGAUCAAUCGAAACUCAAUGGAGUCGUCACUUCUUGUAUAGAUUGUUUUCUUUCGGGUGGAAAUCUGUACCUUUUUGAGUAUGGUGUCACAUCCGCAUUCUUUUUUGCCCAAGUUCGUGGAGGUACCUGCACUCUUGCUCCAUCUGAUCCACCAGAAGAUGUUAUUCACCGUGCUAAAUAUCUCCUUCAGAAUGGCUUUGGUUCCUAUGAUGUUUUCAAGAACAACUGCGAAGACUUUGCCAUAUAUUGCAAAACAGGUUUGAUUGUGUUCAGUAGCAUCGGCAUGGGAGGAAGUGGACAGGCGUCAUCCAUUCGAGCUGCUGCUAAUGCUGUAAUUGCUUAUUCACUACGAUAUGUCACUCCCAGUUUUAGCGGCUUGCCAGUGGUUGGUUUGGGCAUGUAUUGUGCCGCUCGUUAUUAUUCCGAUAUUGGAGUACGCCGUGAUGUCCUAAAAGUUGCUGUGGAGAUUCUUGUUGAGAUUUUUAAGCGGGGCUAAUCUUUUGAGUUUGGCAGGAGGCAUUUGCAAGGUGGUUGUAAUAAUUUGAUUGCUGCAAAUGUCAAAUACAUUUAUAAUGCUUUGUUUU